AUGGCAGCUCUCGCAAGCUCUCUCAUUAGACAGAAACGGGCGGUCAAGGACGACCAAGCCAACCGACCAGUAGCCAACAAGCGCAAGCCCUGUCCUAAGAGCAACAAGUCCCUGUGCCAGAAACAGAUCCUGGUCCUGAUCUCCAAAGUACGACUAUGCGGCGGUCGAAAAGGUCGAAACGAGAAAAGACCGGAGCCACAGCUGAAGGGCAUUGUUACCCGGCUAUACAGCCAGCAUGGAUACUACCUGCAGAUGCAGCCUGACGGCACAAUGGACAGCACAAGGGAUGAAAGCAGCUCAUUUUCACAGUUCAACUUAAUUCCAGUGGGACUGCGGAUUGUGGCAAUCCAGGGGGCAAAGACAGGGUUAUACCUGGCCAUGAAUAGCGAUGGAUACCUAUAUACCUCGGACAACUUCACUCCAGAGUGCAAGUUCAAGGAGAGCGUGUUUGAGAAUUACUACGUUACAUACUCCUCCAUGCUCUAUCGUCAGACCCAGUCGGGUCGCUCCUGGUAUAUUGGUAUCAACCGUGAUGGCCAGAUCAUGAAGGGCAACCGGGUAAAGAAGACCAAAGGAGCAGCACACUUCCUGCCUAAAGUUAUAGAAGUUGCGAUGUAUAAGGAGCCAUCGCUACAUGAACUAACCGGUGAGCCGGUGAGCCCUCCUCGAAAAACAGUGAAGACAUCAGAUUCUCCGUCCCUGAAGAAUGGUCGGAAAGAAGCUCCCAAGGCUGAUGCCUCAUAGCACAGGAGACUGAGGGUGGGACACGGGGCAGCAGGGACACUUGGAACACAGCUGCCCAAUAAUGCACUGAGGGUGGCUAAGAGAAUGGCCCGCGUUGGCCACCAUAUUCAAGAGGUGCACUACAGGAUGCUGAGAUAUAAAAGGGUCAGCAGUCCAUCAGCAGCCAAGAAGGCCUUAGAAAGGAGUCCCCCCCUCAACUGUCACCAGAGGAAAAAAAGACAAGGAUCCGAGCCAGAACUACUACCAACUCCCCUCUCCACUGUUUGCCUCUUUCUCGCCCCCUGUGACUUCUCUAAAACACAGUCUCCUUCAUUUCUCUGUCAUGCUUAAAGCUUCUUUGUUCCACUGACAAUAUGCCUACCCACUGUCUGAUCUAUUCUACUGUAUAUUCACCACUCACUCAUUCCCAGCGCUGACUCGGCAUCGUAAUCCUCAACCCCCCCUGGGCCCCCUCUUUGAGCCCUAAAGUUGGUGACAGUGUGGCUCAGCCAGCUUUCCACCCACCAUCUGCCGAGCGGCUAAGCUAAUUACCAAGGUCAACUAAAGCUCAAAGCGAGAUGAAACAGCUCAGAGAGGAAAGAUAGCUGCUGGGAUCCUGGGUCAGGUCAGGUCAUCUGAGCGUGGAGAGCAUACGAGAAAGUGUGUGGAUAAAAUAACAGUUAAGAGAAAUGUAUGACUUUAAAACUAAUAGCAUCUUUUUGUUUUCUUAUGUU